UCGAUCAGUAACUUCCAGUGGCAUCUUAAUCUCCAGCUCCAUCGCCAUCUCAAACUCAACCGCAGUCAGAAUCCGAAUCCGAAUCCCAGCCAUAACUCAGUGCGAAAGUGAAACGUCGGGUUUAUCGAGCGUGUAAUUGGGAGCUCCGUACGCUCCGUCCGAGAUUUAUGAUCCACGGCACCCGCCCACUGACAGCCUAAAUGUCUAGGGCCCGCUCCCCGCGAUUCCGCCAGAUCCGCUGGCUCAUCCUCUGGCUAUCCAUAACCAUAUCCAUUAGUCAGGCUCAGCUGCCGGGAACUGGUUUCCAGGGACAACGGCCGCAGGUUCCACCGCUGCAGCAGGCCAAUCCAUUCCAGCGCCGCCAACCCAAUCCAGUGCAGGGUCAAGGAUUAUUUCCGGCACAGAGGAAUCCUUUAAAUCCACUCGGGAAUCCUUUGGCUUCGCCAUUAACUGGAGCCGGACUGCAGAAUCCCUACACGCGCUACAAUCAGUAUCAGCAACAGAACUAUGUACCCAUCACGGCCUACCAGAACGAACUCAAUCUGGAUGGGAGCUUCUCCUACGGUUACUCAUCCGCCGAUGGAACCACUGCCCAGGCCCAGGGAUAUGUCAAGAACUUGGGAUACGGCGAAGGGGUAGAGGCACAGGUCAUCCAGGGCUCUUAUUCUUACACCUCGCCGGAAGGCACUCCCAUCACCGUCCGUUACAUUGCCGACGAGAAUGGAUUCCGCGCAGAAGGCACCGGAAUACCAGCCACUCCUCAGUACUUUCUAGGCGCCCAGCCUUAUCAACAGGCCGGUGGUGUCAUCAAUCCCAAUCUGAAUCCAUAUCAGACGCCCUUCCGCCAACUGCCGCCUCCGCUGCCCAACGCUCCCUUUCGUCCCCAGAUCCCAGGCCAGGGGCAGCAGCCUCUGAACCCGCUGCAGCAACAGCAGCAGCAGCAGCAACGUAACUUCCAGCAGCAACAGAACUCCGGGCAAUAUCAGCCCGAUCAGCCUUUCAACCAGUUGCAUUCCGGCAAUUUGGCCGGACAGUACGCCGGACAAUAUGGCCAGCCGGGACAGCAAUUUGGUAGCAAUCUCACGGCUCAGCAAGCGCAGCAGCAGCAACAGCAGCAAAACCUUAACCAGCAGCAGCAGCAGAAUCUAAACCAGCAGCAGAAUCUUAACCAGCAACAGAAGGAUCAGCAGAAUGAGCAGCAGCAGCAGGCACUGAUCACCCAGCAACUGAGGGGCAGGCCCAACAACCUGGUGGAUCCCUAUGGCUACAACCAGUAUGGCAGGCGCUUCAAGAAGUCCCCAAGGACACCGAAGGCAUAAACCAGCUAAAGGAAUAUUGAGCGGAAUAUUAAGCUUCCAUUGAAACGAUUAAUUAGUCCAAUCAUGUAGUCGCAACUCAAGGGCAUGA